AUGAGUGAAUUGAAAACUGGCCGAUUCUGGACUCGAGAGGAACGUAAAAAGCAGUGGGAAAGAGCUAAGCAGCGCAAAAUGAGGCACCAUCAACUGAUGGUCCAACGAAAUCAGCAACCAUCCGACCAGCUCAUUGUACAACUAUCACGCAAAAAGAUGAUGCGCCGGAAGGGCAAUCCGCUUCUGGACAAGUUCACUACCAUCCAGGAGUUUCUGGCUCAUGCAAAUCGUGAUAUUUCUAGUCGCUCUAUAGGCGGGAUCUUAUCAGUAACCACUGUGUGA